CGGGUGCCAUGGCGGGGGGCGCGGGGCUGGCCAAGCGCCUGGGCACCUUCGUGUCGGGGCUGCUGGAGUGCGGCGCCUUCUGCGGCAUCAUCUUCGGCUGGGCCUCCCUCGUCUUCGUCCUGAAGGAACGGGGCUACUUCCGGUGGCUGUGCCAGCCCUCCCCCACCAACCACACCGAGGGGCUCGACUGCAGUGCACAGGAUGAGCAGUUCUCCCUGGUCUUCACCAUCGGCUCCUUCAUGAACAACUUCAUGACCUUCCCCAUGGGCGUCGUCUUCGACCGCUUCGGCACCCUGGCCGCUCGCCUCAUCGCCAUCUCCCUCUACGCGGGCGGGACCCUGCUCGUCGCCUUCUCCACUCCAGAGCUGGCCGUGCUGCUCUUCCCGGCCAUGUCCAUGCUGUCGGUGGGCGGCAUCCUCCUCAUCCUCACCAACAUGCAGGUGGGCAACCUGUUUGGGAAGUACCGCUCCAUCAUCAUCACCCUCUACAAUGGGGCCUUCGACUCCUCCUCUGCCAUCUUCCUCAUCGUCAAGCUGCUGUACGCACAGGGGCUGUCCCUGCAAGCCAUGUUCCUCUUCCUGGCAGCCUGCAGUGCCUGGCACCUGCUGCGCACCCUCUUCCUGAUGCCACGCACCCGUGUCCCCUACCCGCUGCCCCCCGGCUACGACUACGGGCUGCAAUGCCCAGGGCGCUCCCGCUCCUACCGCACCUACGAGGAGAAGAGGCCCCCAGAGGAGAAUGGCCCUGAGGAGACCCCCCUGGAGCCCCCCGUUCCUCGAGGUGAAGCCCCCCCGCCCAGGACGACGUUCCGGGCCUGCGCGUGCUCGUGGCUCUUCGCCUGGCACGUGGCCUGGCUCUCCGUCAUGCAGCUGCGCCACUACCUGUUCAUCGGCACCCUCAACCCGCUGCUCGAGCGCCUGUCGCACGGGGACUCCGACGCGGUGAGCACCUACACCAACGCCUUCGCCUUCACCCAGCUCUGCGGGGUGCUCUGUGCCCCCUGGAACGGCCUCAUCCUCGACUGGCACAAGCGGGGCAAGCGCCACCGCCCCGAGGGUGCCCGGGGCGCGCUGGCAGACCUGCGGGCCGCGGUGGUGUCCCUGGUGGUGACGGUGGUGCAGUGCCUGCUGUUCUCCGUGUGCGCCGCCGUGCCCGUCCUGCAGGUGCAGUUCGCCACCUUCGUGCUGCAGGUGAUCAGCCGCUCCUUCCUCUACGGCGGCAACGCCGCCUUCCUGGCCAUCGCGUUCCCCCCGCAGCACUUUGGGAAGCUGUACGGGCUGGCCAUGGCACUGUCGGCGCUGGUGGCCCUCCUACAGUACCCCUGUGUCACCCUGGUGCAGGGGCCGCUCCAAGGGGACCCCUUCUAUGUGAACGUGGGGCUCAUCGCCGUGGUGCUGUUGGCCUUCGUCAGCCCCGUGGUGGUGGCCCGCGAGUGCCGGCGGCGAGCCAAGGAGCUGGAGGCAGCUGGCACGCCCCUGACAGCCCCCCCUGCUGCCGAGACCCCCGCCGAGAUGCCUCACUGAGCCCCUCACCCGCCAGGAACCCGGCACCCAGCACCCCGUUUUUGUACUGGCCUGGGGGUGCUGUGCCGGUGGGAUGGGGGGGUUUGGGGGUAAUAAACGUCGCUGCCCCCUCCA